AUGGCGUCCACAGAGGAACCUGUCACCCCAGUUGCUCCUGCGGAGGUGGAGCCGGAGAUCGUGCCCCCUGCGACUCCAGUCGAUUCGACCAUCCUCUCGGGCAGCGAGGAGCCAGUCACGAGCCCGGAUGUCUCCAAGGACAAGGAGAACGUCAAGGCCUCUCCGGUCAAGAAAAGUCCCUCCUCCACGACCAGCACUAGGCGUCCCUUGUCUGGAUCGACCACCACCACCACCACUAAGCGUCCCACUUCCAUGUCCGGGCCUUCCAGAACUACAACUUCGGCCACACGCUCCGCCGCGACCAACGGCAGCACCCUGAACAGGCCUCCGACCCGGCCCGCGACUACCACCACGGUCCGCAAGCCCCUGAGCUCUACCACCACCACCACAGCCGGCCAUCGGUCGCGCGCCUCCGUCAGCAGCUCCGCAGACGAAAAGUCCCACCGGUCGGUGGCCAGCUCCGGAGAUGAGAAGCGAGGCAUCUCCAGCACAGCCGCCAAGCGCAUGUCGCUGGUUGGUACCUCGGCCACGAGAGCACCCGUCAAGUCCACUACUUCCACUCUGGACCGACGUUCCAGCAUUGCGGGCUCGACUACGGCGGAGAAGAGAACAUCUACCACUCGCCCUAGCACGGCCUCCACGGUGCGGCCCCUGACCAAGCCGGCGACCACCACCUCGACUUCUCGUCCGACUACUUCCUCCUCCGCUACUACUCGUACCACCACCAGACCCACGUCUACGGUGACGAGGCCAGCGACGACCGCCUCCAAAAGGUUGAGCACCGCCCCCAAGGGUGCCGAGGAAGACUCGGAGAAGUUGCAGUCACUUCAGACCAAGCUGGCCGAGAGCGAAGCCACGGUGACUAGCCUGAAGGCGGAUUUGGAUGCAGUCAACCUCAAAUUGACCGAGCUGUCUCUGGCCCCGAACGAUUCCUCCGAGAAUGCCGAUGAGGCCACCAAGGCGCUCCGUGAGCAGCAUACCGCCGAAAUCGAACAGCUGACCGCUGUCCAUCAGGAGCAGCUGCAGGCGUUGCGUGCCCAGUUGGAAGAUGUCGAGGCGAAGCACAAGGAGCUGGAGGAGAAGUCGGUCAAGGAAUUGGAUGACGCCGCCAAGUCCGCUGCGGCUCAGGGUGAUGACCAGACUGCUGCGGCCCUGGAGGAACUGAAGCAGUCGCACCAAGCCCAACUGGAAGCGCUGGAGAAGGAUCUCGCCGAGCAGAAGGCAGCAGCUGCCGGAUAUGCCGAGCAAGUCGACUCUUUGAAGGCCGAGCUUGACCUGCAGAAAGGCCAGCUGACCGAGGCGAGUGCCAACCUGGACAAGACCCUUGCGAAACUGGAAGAUCUCCAGCGCGAGCUCAAUGGACGUGACCAGGUGGUCGAAAACCUGCACAUGGAAAUGGACCGGCUGGACCAAGCCAAGCAGCAGGAGAUUCGGGCCGCCGAGGAGGCUGCCAAGCAUGCCAUUCUAGCCCUGGAGGACAAGGUGACAUCGCUCGAAAGCCAGCUUGCCGCUGCGGGUUCUGCGACCAGCGAAGGUAACGAAGAGACGGCCGCCCGCUUGGCCGAGAAAGACCAGGAGAUUGCCGACCUCAAGGACGCGUUGGAGAAGGCGCACGUGGAACUGGAGCAGGGCCGCCAGGAUGCGGAAGCCCAGAUCGCAGAGAAGACCAAGGAGCUGGAGGCCGCUCAUGAGGCCGCCGUUGCUCAGCUCAAGGCCGAACAUGAGGAGACCCUGGCUGCCGCUGUUGAGGGCAAGGUUGGCGACAAGGUCAAGGAGCUUGAAGCUGCUCAUGAGGCUGCAAUUGCGGAACUGAAAGCCGCCCAUGAGCAAGCCCUCUCUGCGGCCGCUGAAAGUGGACUGGGCGACAAGGUCAAGGAAUUGGAAGGCACCCACGAGGCCGCCAUUGCCCAACUCAAGGCUGAACAUGAACAGGCCCUGACUGCGGCGAUCGAGAGCAAGGUCGGCGAGAAGCAGAAGGAGCUCGAAGCCGCUCACGAGGCCACGAUCGCGGAUCUCAAGGCUAGUCACGAACAGGCACUUUCUGCGGCUGCUGAGAACGGGCUUGGCGACAAGGUCAAGGAGCUGGAAGCAUCUCACGAGGCCGCCAUUGCCCAGUUGAAGGCUGCCCAUGAGGAGGCGUUGGCUACUGCCGCUGCAGCUCACGCGCAGGAACUCGCCGCUGCGAAGGAGGCCGCUGAGUCCGCUGGAACCUCUCACUCCCAGCAACUCGAGGAACUCCGUGCGAAGCUCGAGGAGGCCGAGUCCGCUGCUGCCGAGGACAAGGAGGAGCUGAUUGCCGAGCUUGAUGCUGCCCACCAAGCCGAGAUGCAUGCUCUGAACCAGAGACUAGAGGCUACCGAGCAAAACCUUGCGGAGGCCCGUCAAGCUCUCGAGAACGGCAACAGCUCUGCUCAGGACGUUGCCAUUCAGGAGAUCGAGUCCCUCAAGGAGAAGGUCGGGGCUCUGGAGUCCCAGCUCUCCACCGGACAGGGCGAGAUCAAGUCUCUACAGGACGAGAUCCAGAGCAAGCAAGGGCAGGCGGAGGCGCUGCAGCAGAGCCUGGAUGCCUUCGAGGACAAGACCAAGGCCAAGGAUGCUGAGCAGGAAAGCCAGCUCAAGUCUUUGGAAGAGAAGGCCGCCGUUGCCGGCCGGGAGCUGGAGGAGAAGGUCAAGGAAGCCGCUGUUGUUGCCGAGCAGCACGCACAGGCGCUCGAGUCCCUGAAGGCCGAGCACGCCGUCGCGCUCGAGAAUGUCAAGACCAAUGCUAGCGGUUCCCACGAGCAGGCGCUUAGCGAGCUGCAGGCCAAGUAUGAGGCGUCCAUGUCCACCCUCCGUGACAUGGAGUCCAAGCACGCUGAGCAUAUCGAGUCUCUUGAGGCCGAGCUCCGGUCCGCUCUUCAGCGCCAUGCCCAGGAGAUCGCGGAGCAUACCGAGACCCGUGCUAAGGAGGUUGCCGAGCUUCAGCAGCAGCAUGAAGAGGCCAAGGCCCAGUUCCAGGCUGAACUGCAAUCCCUCCAGACUUCUCGGUCCGCUGAAACUGAUGCUGAGCACAGCAAGGCGAUCGAACAGCUCCUGACCAUUCAAGACGAGAAGCUUUCUGGCCUUCGGGCUGAUCUGGAGGCCACCAACCAGGCCAAGAUCGAGGAGCUUCAGAAGACUCACGACGCCGCCCUUGCGGAGGUCCACGCCCAGCUGGCCGAAGCUCACGCCGCCGCUCAGGAUGUUUCGGUCCUUGAGAGUCUGAAGCUGACCAUUGCUGAUCUGGAGAAGAAGCUGAACGAAGCCGAGCAGUCUGCUGCGGAAUCCAAGGAGCUCGCGGGCAAGCACAACGCCGAUCUCUCUUCCAUCCUUACCGAGAAGAACGAGUUGGAGCAGCAACACCAGGCCGUGAGCAGCCGGGUGGCGGAGCUCGAGCAGUCCCUUGCUGCUUCGGAGAGCGCCAAGUCGGAGCUGGAAGCUGUCCUGCAACAACUGGCCGCGUCCAAGGACGAAUUGUCCAACCUGAAGAGCCAGCACGAAACACUGUCGAGUGAACUCCAGGCGUGCAAGACGGAGAACCGGGCCAUGGAGGAGAAGUUGGAGCAAGGCGAGCGCGAUUUGAACAGCCAGAUUGACAAGAACAUGUCCCUCCUCAACCAGCUGGGCGAGGUGGACUCGUCGAUCGCGGCCAACCGCAAGCGGGUGCGCGAAUUGGAGGCCGAAGUCGCGGCAUUGAAGGCCGAGAAGGAUACGCAGGGCGGAUCGGUCGGGCUGGAGGGUAGCCGCUGGGCGGGCGAGAAGGAGGAGGCCGCGGAAGAUGGCAAGCAUUCAGGAACAGCUUAA